AUGGCCUCAUCCUCUUCUUCUUCUUCUUUUGCUAAUCCCCCUCCACAAAAGCAUGAGGUGUUUAUAAGUUUCAGAGGUGAAGAUACCCGGGACACUUUUAUCAGCCAUCUCCUUGUUGCUUUAGGUCAUAAGAAAAUUCAGACCUACAUGGAUUGCAGACUUCAGAGGGGGGACGAAAUUGGACUUUCCCUGUUGCAAGCGAUUGAGGAAUCAAAGCUUUCGUUGAUCGUUUUCUCGAAAGACUAUGCUUCUUCCACCUGGUGUUUGGAUGAACUUGCGCACAUAUUGGAAUGCAGAAAAAGAGAAGGACAAAUUGUCAUACCCAUUUUUUACGACAUAGAUCCAUCACAGGUACGGAAACAACAGGGGAGUUAUGGAGAUGCAUUAGCUAAACAUGAAAAACAUUUCAAAGACAACAUGGACAAAGUGCUCAUGUGGAGGAAUGCCUUGAAGGAAGCAGCCAAUAUGUCUGGUUUUGAUAAUUCAAAAAAAACAAGGACGGAGGCUGAUUUCGUUGAGGAAGUUGCCGAAGAUGUUCUGAACAAACUGUAUCGCGCAUUGUCAAGUGAUUUAGAGGACCAGGAUAAAUUUUAUUCAAGAAAAAUUGAGGAAAUUGAAUCGUUAUUAUGCCUUGAUUCACCAGAUAUUUGCACUACUGUAGGCAUUUGGGUAGGCAGUUGGGUAGGCAGUUUGGGCAAGAGUUGGCUGACCACCCUUGGUGAUGUUUUAAUUCACCGGCUGUCUCGUCAAUUUGAAGCUACUUGUUUUCUUGCAGAUGUUAAGGAGGGGUCAAAAAGACAUGGACUGGAUCACAUGAGAAAUCAACUUCUUGGUGAGAUAUUAAACGAAAAAGGUCUAAUUAUCAACACUCCAACUCUAUCGCCCUUUAUUCAAGAAAGGCUCAACCGUACAAAGGUCCUCAUUGUUCUUGAUGAUGUGAAUGAUUUAAGCCAGAUAGAAAAUCUAGCAUGUAGUAUGCGUCUUAAGUUUGGCCCUGGAAGUAGAAUCAUUAUAACAACUAGAGAUAAGAGUCUACUUAAGAAAACUCUUCCUCGUGAUAAGAUUUACAAGUUCGGUCAUAAGGACGGAUUGAUUUCAUGGGCAUUGAAGAGUGGUGUUUCCGAUAGACCUAAUGGCUGCUUCCUUAAACGCACUCUACUCCACACAAGGGCCAAGGGCCGUCAAUUGACCCUUGCAAGCCCGGAAUUCACAAUUGGAGGCGAAGACGUUGACCCCUGA